GAGGGUGUCUCGAGGGGGGUCCGUUCGGUGCGAGGAGGGUGUGGCGGCCGAGGCGCAGCGACGGUGCCGGCUGGGUCGGGAAGAUGGCGGCGGCGGCAGCGGCGACGGCGACGGCGGCGCCGCCUGUGAACCUGCGGCUGGGAGACCUGGUGUGGGGGAAGCUAGGGCGAUAUCCUCCUUGGCCAGGAAAGAUUGUUAACCCACCUAAGGACCUGAAGAAACCGCGUGGGAAGAAGUGCUUCUUUGUGAAGUUUUUCGGAACUGAAGACCAUGCUUGGAUUAAAGUAGAGCAGCUGAAACCGUACCAUGCCCACAAAGAAGAAAUGAUCAAAAUUAACAAAGGCAAGAGGUUCCAACAAGCUGUGGAUGCUGUGGAAGAAUUCCUGAAGAAAGGAAAAGGCAAGGACCAGGCGUCUUCUCAUAACUCGGCUGAAGAGAAGAACCGGCGUAAUUCCAGCGAAGAGAGGGGGAAGCAGUCAGUGGGAGAGGAGAAACACAAAGCGGGGUUGUCAGAAAGGAAACCGAAAAAGCGAGCGUCUUCGAUGUCCUCCGAGCGAGGCUCGAAAUCCCCCCUGAAGAGAAUGUACAAGCAAAGCCCCCGGAAGCGAGGGCGCCCUCCCAAAGACGAGAAGGACACGACAAUUCCUGAGUCAAGCACAGUGAAGAAAAUGAUGACUGGCACCAUGGCAGGCUUUAAGUGGCCACCGAGUGUAAGCGAGCCUGUGAAAGAUGGUGACCCUCAUUUCCAUCACUUCCUGCUUAGCCAAACUGAAAAGCCAACAGUUUGCUAUCAGGCCAUCACAAAGAAGCUGAAGGUGUGUGAAGAGGAAACCGGGUCCACUUCUAUCCAGGCAGCAGACAGCACGGCUAUCAAUGGCAGCAUCACUCCUACAGACAAGAAGAUUGGAUUCCUUGGUCUCGGCCUGAUGGGCAGCGGCAUUGUCUCCAACUUGAUAAAAAUGGGUCACACUGUCACAGUCUGGAAUCGGACCGCCGAGAAGUGUGAUUUGUUCAUCCAGGAGGGGGCCCGGUUGGGAAGAACCCCCGCCGAAGUAGUCUCGACCUGCGAUAUCACUUUUGCCUGCGUAUCUGAUCCAAAAGCAGCCAAGGAUCUGGUGCUUGGUCCCAGCGGAGUGCUCCAGGGCAUCCGUCCAGGGAAGUGCUACGUGGACAUGUCGACCGUGGAUGCAGACACUGUUACGGAAUUGGCUCAGGUGAUUGUCUCCAGAGGUGGCCGCUUCCUGGAAGCCCCAGUCUCAGGGAACCAACAGCUAUCCAACGAUGGGAUGCUGGUGAUAUUAGCGGCCGGAGACAGAGGCUUAUAUGAAGACUGCAGUAGCUGUUUCCAGGCGAUGGGGAAGACUUCUUUCUUCCUAGGAGAAGUAGGCAAUGCUGCCAAGAUGAUGCUGAUCGUGAACAUGGUCCAAGGAAGCUUCAUGGCCACAAUAGCAGAGGGACUGACUUUGGCUCAGGUCACUGGUCAGUCCCAGCAGACCCUUCUGGACAUCCUCAAUCAGGGACAGCUGGCCAGCAUUUUCCUGGAUCAGAAGUGCCAAAAUAUCCUGCAAGGAAACUUCAAACCUGAUUUCUACCUGAAAUACAUCCAGAAGGAUCUCAGAUUAGCCAUUGCACUAGGCGAUUCUGUUAAUCAUCCAACUCCAAUGGCAGCUGCAGCCAAUGAGGUCUACAAACGGGCAAAAGCUUUGGACCAGUCUGAUAAUGACAUGUCUGCUGUGUACAGGGCCUACAUCCACUAGGCUACCUUCUCCUAAUUGUUAAUACUAUGAUUAAUUAUAACGAUGAAUACUGGGUUUUAACUCUGGACCAGUCCAUCUUUGUCUCUCUCUCUCUCUCUCUCUCCUCUCCCCUUAUUCCCACCACCCAUUUUCUUUCUUUCUUUCUUUUCCUUUUUAAUACAAAAAGAAAAAAAUAUCCCUCUUUUGAGAUCUGCCACAAGGACAGUUGCUACAGUAGGCCUUCCUGUGCCAGUUAGCUGCAGUAGAAGAGAUUGGACCACACAUCUCUUGCCACCCCUUGGGAGUCAUAGAAUGGAAUAUCUCUCUCCCCCCCCCCCUCCCCAAUAAUGCUGCUUGGCUUUAAUCCUGGUUCUCAUUGUAUUUGUGUCCCUGGGCAUUUUAAGUUCUUUCCAGCUGCUGUUUCACUGUUUGCUGUGGAUAAAUAUAUAUAUAAAUAGAGUUCUCUUGCAUAGUCAAGACAGUUGAGAGGCGGAUGUCCCUUUACCUGGGUGGCUGUGACAAUUGGGGUGGGAUUCUGGCACACCUGUGUUCUUUGUCCCUGGAGAAAAAGAUUAGAAUAAAAGGUGUGGGUGGGUGGGUGGGGGGCUAAAUUAAUAUAGCGCCUGGCCAUAGUUCCCUAACAGAAGAAGAGGGUUUUACAUCCAAGCCUUCUCCAUGGAAACAGCUUUUGUAAUUAAGCCUUUUACUUAAUUCCAAUUCAAAGUGAGCCUCUAACAUGCAGGAUGUCUCUACGGGCUCUUAAUUCCCAAAUGGUUUAUCCAUUCUGAAGGCAUCUGUAAAAUGCUUUGACCAGCCUGUGAUUUCCCAGAAUGGGCAUUUACCCCCCCCCCCCCCCAAAAAAAAGAGGUAGAACUUCUAGAGUCUUUCUUCAGGUUCACCUUGGAGAAUCAGCACCCUGAAUGUAUGAAUCUUUGCUCCUCUAAUAUUCGCAAGGAUGAUUUGGGUCUUGAGUGUUGCCCCAUAAUCAGAAAAAAACAGAUCAUUUGAUAUGAAGAAUUUUGACUUCCCUGUUUUUCUUUCAGAAAAACUGAAGAUAGGCAUAACGUGAAGUAGAAAUGCUGCUUGCAAGUAAUGUAAUGAAAGAUUCAGCAAGCCAUGGACUGAUACAGAUUAAUUCUUUGUCAGAAUGACAAAGUAGUCUUAAAAUACAGGGAUGCAUCAACAUAUUCCAACAAAAUUGUAAUUUAUUUUUUUUUCAGUCUGAAAAGUCAGUAUUAAUCUUGAGAGAAAAGCCCUUUGCUCAAGCUACAUCAGAAAGGGUUGGAAACAAUUCUGGGUUCAUGCAGAGACUUUCACAUUUGCAUAAACAGAGCUCAAGAACUCAGCACCCAAAUACCUAGUCCGCUUAAUUGUGCAUUUCAGACCGGUGAACUUCUCUUGCCAGUAUUUAAACUUUCAAAAUGCAAAUGUGACAUCCAUCUCUUUGAACCUUGGGUUGAUCUCCAAGCUCUGGAUAUGCUGACCCAUUCUGUUCAGGCAGAGAAGACUCAGAGUUUUAGUUGCUAUAUUAAAAGUUUAGUUGAUAUAUUAAAAGAGUAGGCCUGACCCUACUCUGCUCUUGCUACAGCACAUAUUCCUUACAUAGGUUUUCUUUCCUUCUGUGGUACAGACAAUCCACCUUAAAAAAAAAGGACAUUGUUUUUUGUCCAGGGGUUUCAUAGCUAUUUGCCUGCUUGUUCCACACAGUGAAGUGUAUCUUGCCAAUGGAAAUGAGCUCCUUAUGAGUAAAAGUGAAGCUUUUAAGGACUAGUAUCUGUCAGGAAGAGCAGAUAGAUAUGGGAUAAGAUGACCUCAUUCCAGAUGGUGGUUCUAAUCUUAAGGCAGUAAAUUACACACCAGGAAGUUACUCUUCCAAAGACCUUCUAAAGCAGGGAUUUCAACCUCAGCUACUUUUAAGACAGAUGGACUUCAGCUACCAGAAUUCCCCAGCCAGCAUCGUUAGGGAAUUGAAUUCUUGGAGUUGAAGUCCAUCGAUCUUAAAGUUAGACACCUGUUGUAAGGAUUGUCAGGAAGAGGACAGGGAGAUGCUUCUGAGAGUUUGUGAGAACCUUGCAGAACCUGAGCAGAAAUAGUUCCCAGAAUACUUUAUUUUGUCUCCCUAGCAAAAAUAAAUAAAAAAUCCAGAUGGAACUAGGAACUGCAAUGUUAAGAGAACUGCAGCGUCUUCCAUUCAAUCUCUCUUAUCUUGUGGUUUCUCUUGUCAGAGAGGGGAAAUAUCUCCUGGAGGGGUGCGGUCCUUUCUGCAGCACUGCACGGUUAGUGAUACCCAAGGGGGGGGCAACAGCUCAAAACGCUAACAAGAACUUGGAACUGCUGGCUCAUCUCAUGCCUUUUUUUUAGAAGGACACCAUUAGUCUACCAGUUUUACAUUUGCUAUAUAUUUACUGGUUUUAAGGUGCCAUGGGACUCCUUUUCCUAUUCAGCCUUUCUGCUCUUGAGAGCCAACUUUGAUCAGUUCUCAGUUGGGGUGUCCUUAAAAUCCAACUGGCACAAUGGCGCAGGAGGGGAGAAAAGCGUUUGUUACAAGAGGAAUACGAUGGAACUGGCUUAGUCAUUGUUGUCUUAAUAUUGUUGACAAUACUGUAAAGUUUCUUUUUAAAAAAAAACACAAAUGGGAUUUCUGUUUUAGCAGUUGCUUUUUUUGUUGUUCCCUCCUUUUUCAAGAUUAAAAAGAUAUUUACACUUGUGGAGAGCUUGUAAGAAAAAAAGCUGUUUCUUUUAAUUCCUUCUCCUUUGAUGAAUGAUCUAUAGGUAAUUAAGGUUGUGAAUUUUUUAUUUUUUAUUUUUGCCUUGUUUUUAAUUAAUGUUUUGUCAUUUGGAUAGGAUGUGUGGUGAUGAUUUAAAUGGCAAACAGAGACAAAAUGAUUUUUUUUCUUGUGCAAUUAACAAAGCUACUGGCAAAAGGAAAUAAAACUUUUCUUGGUAACACAA